UAACACCUACUAUAUUCAGAGCGCCAACAUCAUUGAAUAGUAGUGGUAAUAAUGCAAAUUAUACUCUCGUUUUACCACCGUUAUCAGCGGUUCAACGUAAUACCACCUAUACACAUUUAGAUGACAUU